AUGCCUCCUGCGAGGAGAGGAGAGUCGCGCAACGGGGCUGGCGGCGCACACGGUUCUAUCGGACCUACAGGCGCGGAGAGCGACGCGCAACGAGGCCUUGGAUCGCAAAGAUGGCACUCGAAACGUGGCAUGCACUCGGGAGAAGCACCAAAGCGUUCGAUGGCGAUCAGAUACAAGACGAACAUGCGAGCAACAGUGGUUCCGGGCGUCCUGCAGAGACGUGCGGGGUGGGUGGAGGUGACGGGUCCUACCGGUGAGCAAGAGAGGUUCGACUGGGACCUCUUCUGGGGCGACAUCAACACGUUUAUCAAGGAGACUGGGUUCCUGCACGCCAAGAUGUCCGCUCACCAGCGAAUCAAUCACUUUCCGCGUAAUUACGAGUUGUGCCGCAAGGACCUCAUGGCAACCAACCUGAAGAAAGCAAAGCGCAAGCUUGAGAGGGAGGGUCGCGGCGGCGAGCUCGAUUUCUUCCCUCCGACCUUCUCGCUGCCGUCGGACUGGGGAAUAUUCAUGGAAAAAUUCAGGGCGGAAGAUGCGGUCUGGAUCGCCAAGCCGGUCGGUCGAGCACAGGGGCGGGGCAUUUUCCUCGUGAGUAAGAUUUCUCAGCUGAAGGACUUCAAGAAGAAACAGCCAGGCGGUGGCAAAGAAAAUGAGAACGUCGAGUCGUACGUCGUUCAAAAGUACAUCGAGAGACCGCUUCUGAUUGGAUCGCGCAAAUUUGACAUCAGAUUGUACGUUCUCGUACUGUCUUUCCGCCCCCUUCUCGCCUACACUCAUCGCGGUGGAUUCUGCAGAUUCACUUCAUGUGCGUACAACGCACCUCAGAAGGAGAACAUCAGCAACCUCGGAGCACACCUGACAAAUCACGCGAUUCAACGGAAGACGGAAGACUUCCACUGCGAGACUGGCAACAAGUGGCCUAUCAGAGCCCUGAAGCUCUUCAUGAUUUCCAAGUACGGGAAAGACAGGACAGAGAACCUCUUCAUGGAGAUGGAGCGCGUCAUACUGCGUAGCCUCCAGGCUGUCCAGGACGCGGUAGUUCAGGACUGGCACUGCUUCGAGCUGUAUGGAUACGACGUCAUGGUCGACAGCGAUCUCCGGCCGCAGCUCAUCGAAGUGAACGCACAACCGUCACUGUCGGCAUCGGACCCUGAGGAUCGUAGACUGAAGGCCGCAGUUGUGCGCGACGCCCUGGAUCUCGUGGACAUGGAGGGCCACUUUCGCGGCCAAUUGCCCGAUCGAGCAGGAGGAUUCGACAUCCUCGUUCGGGAUGAUUUGCCCCCUCAGAGGGUCGCUGCGAACAUCGGAACCGCUUGUCCGUUCGAAUGA